CUAUGCUGUGUCUCUAUUUAUCACUCUCUCUUUCUCUGAACUCUGUCUGAUACCUCUGUUUCUGUGUGUUUACAUUGGGUAGCGUUCAUUUGGGUUUCUUUCUCAUACACUGAAUUUUAAGAAAGGCAAAAGCUUUUUACUUCGUUUUGAAGUGUGAAUUUGCCUUGGAGCAUUACUACAUUUUCUGGGUUUUAACUGUUUUGGGGCAAAACUGGGUUUAAUGUUGAAGAGUUAAAAAAGAGGUGAUGCUGCUUCAUGCGCUGCGAAGAAGGUGGGUUUGGGGUUACUAACAAGGAGAGGGAGUUCUUCGGCAUUUGCAUCUUCAGCAAAGGAGACCGAGGAGCAAGCUAAAGUGGCUUUUGUUGGUAAUGUCAAAGUCUCCCUCCCCUGAACCACGAGAUUGUGGACCCUCAUCUUCUUCUAAGCCUAGGGAAUCAUAUGGAACCACUGGAGUGGGCGAUCCCGAUGAUACAGUGGCUACAGUUGCUCGUUUUAUUGAGCAACUGCACGCCAACAUGUCUUCACCAAGUGAGAAAGAAAUUAUCACAGCUCGUGUGUUGGGUAUUGCCAGAGCAAGAAAGGAGGCAAGAACACUUAUUGGUUCUCAUGGCCAGGCAAUGCCAUUGUUUAUAUCCAUUCUCAGGAGUGGCACCCUUGUAGCGAAACUCAAUGUUGCUGCAACUCUGACUGCAUUAUGCAAAGAUGAGGACUUACGGCUGAAGGUGCUUCUAGGUGGAUGCAUUCCGCCAUUACUCUCGCUUUUGAAGUCUGAAUCAACUGAGGCCAGGAAAGCAGCAGCAGAGGCAAUAUUUGAAGUUUCCUCUGGUGGUCUUUCAGAUGAUCAUGUUGGUAUGAAAAUAUUUGUUACAGAAGAUGUAGUGCCAACUUUAUGGGAAAAACUCAGUCCAAAGAACAAGCAGGACAAAGUGGUAGAAGGGUUUGUUACCGGAGCUUUGAGGAACCUUUGUGGUGAGAAGGAUGGCUACUGGAGAGCAACACUUAAGGCUGGAGGAGUAGAUAUCAUUGUGGGUCUUCUCUCUUCUGAUAAUGCUGCUGCUCAAUCCAAUGCAGCUUCCCUCUUGGCCCGAUUGAUGUUGGCAUUCAGUGAUAGCAUCCCAAAAGUUAUAGAUUCUGGAGCUGUCAAAGCCUUGCUUCAGCUUGUAGGUCAGAAUAAUGAUACUUCAGUUCGUUCCAGUGCUGCAGAUGCUUUGGAAGCUCUUUCUUCAAAGUCAAGUGCAGCAAAGAAGGCAGUUGUGGAUGCAAAUGGUGUUCCUAGUCUCAUUGGGGCUGUUGUUGCGCCUUCUAAAGAGUGCAUGCAAGGAGAGCAUGCCCAAGCUCUGCAGGGCCAUGCGACAUGCGCUUUAGCAAAUAUUUGUGGAGGGAUGUCUGAUUUGAUACUGUAUCUUGGGGAACUAUCACAAUCUUCUCGCUUAGCUGCACCAGUUGCUGAUAUAGUCGGGGCACUUGCUUAUGCUCUAAUGGUGUUUGAGCAGAUUUCUGGUCUUGAUGAGGAACCGUUUGAUGUACCACAGAUAGAGGAUGUAUUAGUAAUGUUGCUCAAGCCUCGUGAUAAUAAGCUAGUCCAAGAUCGUGUCCUUGAGGCCAUGGCAAGCUUGUAUGGUAACACCUACCUCUCAGGAUGGCUCAAUCAUGCAGAAGCAAAAAGGGUGCUUAUUGGACUCAUAACAAUGGCUGCUGCUGAUGUCCGGGAGCAUCUAAUACUUUCUUUAACAAGCUUAUGCUGUGACAAAGUUGGUGUUUGGGAAGCUAUUGGCAAUCGAGAAGGUAUUCAGUUACUCAUAUCACUGUUGGGCUUAUCCAGUGAACAGCACCAAGAGUAUGCGGUACACUUGCUGGCCAUCUUGACUGAUCAGGUUGAUGACAGCAAGUGGGCCAUUACUGCUGCUGGUGGGAUUCCUCCAUUGGUGCAGUUACUGGAGAUGGGAUCCCAGAAGGCAAGGGAGGAUGCAGCACAUAUUUUAUGGAAUUUAUGCUGUCACAGUGAAGACAUUCGUGCCUGUGUUGAAAGUGCAGGUGCAGUACCAGCAUUCUUAUGGCUUUUAAGAAGUGGUGGACCAAAAGGGCAAGAAGCUUCAGCCAAGGCUCUUACAAAGCUUGUCCGAACAGCUGAUUCUGCCACUAUUAAUCACUUAUUAGCUUUGCUUCUGGGAGAUACUCCAAGCUCAAAGGCCCAUAUAAUUAGAGUUUUAGGCCAUGUGCUCAUAAUGGCACCACAUGAGGAUCUUGUGCAUAAGGGAUCUGCAGCUAACAAAGGACUGAAAUCUCUUGUCCAGGUUCUAAAUUCCUCUAAUGAAGAAACUCAAGAGUAUGCAGCUUCUGUCCUAGCUGAUCUAUUUAGCACAAGACAAGAUAUAUGUGAUAGUCUUGCAACUGAUGAAAUUGUGCAUCCUUGCAUGAAGCUUUUGACUAGCAAGACUCAAGUUGUUGCAACACAAUCAGCUCGAGCAUUGGGUGCUCUGUCUCGCCCAACCAAGUCCAAAACUGCUAGUAAGAUGGCUUACAUUGCAGCAGCAGAUGUCAAGCCUCUAAUUAAAUUAGCAAAAACUUCUCUUAUUGGUGCUGCUGAAACUGCUGUUGCUGCUUUGGCCAAUCUUCUCUCUGAUUCCCAUAUUGCUGCAGAAGCACUGGCUGAAGAUGUUGUUUCCGCUUUGACAAGAGUGCUGGGGGAUGGAACUUCAGAAGGUAAGAAGAAUGCAUCAAGGGCUCUUCAUCAAUUACUCAAGCAUUUUCCAGUUGGUGACGUACUCAUUGGAAAUUCUCAGUGUCGUUUUGCUGUUCUUGCACUUGUUGAUUCCUUAAAUGCAAUGGAUAUGGACACCACUGAUGCUGCAGAUGCUUUAGAAGUAGUUGCACUCUUGUCUAGAACAAAAAAGGGUGUGAAUUUAACUUAUCCACCAUGGUCUGCGCUUGCUGAGGCUCCAUCAAGUUUAGAGCCUCUUGUGCGUUGCCUUGCUGAGGGGCCUCCUCCACUGCAAGAUAAGUCCAUAGAAAUUUUGUCUAGGCUUUGUGGGGAACAACCAGUUGUUCUCAGUGAUUUGUUGGUUGCAAGAUCAAGAUCUAUUGGUUCACUAGCCAAGAGAACAAUAAAUUCUGCCAGUUUGGAAGUCAGAGUUGGAGGGGCCGCACUUCUUACAUGUACUGCGAAAGAACGUAAACAGCAGUCAUUGGAAGCCCUUGAUCAGUCUGGGUACUUAAAACCUCUAAUAGAAGCUUUAGUGGAUAUGGCAAAGAGGAAUUUAAGAUGUACCUCUUUAGAAAUUGAGGUCCGAGCCCCAAGGGAUUUUGAUAGAAAUGCAUUCCAGGAAGGCGAGGAGUUUGAUGUUCCAGAUUCUGCUACUAUAUUGGGUGGAACUGUUGCUUUGUGGUUACUGUCAAUACUGUCUUCCUGUCUUUCAAAAAACAAAAUUACCGUAAUGGAAGCUGGUGGACUUGAGGUUCUUUCUGACAAGCUUGCAAGUUAUGCUUCCAAUCCUCAGGCAGAAUUUGAGGAUACGGAAGGUAUAUGGAUUAGCGCCCUGCUUCUGGCUAUUUUGUUCCAAGAUGCAAAUCUUGUUCUGUCUCCUGCAACCAUGCGCAUAAUACCUUCACUUGCUCUUCUGCUGAGAUCUGAAGAAGUCAUUGACAGAUAUUUUGCUGCUCAGGCAAUGGCUAGUCUAGUUUGUAAUGGAAGUAAGGGUAUAAAUCUUGUCAUUGCAAAUUCAGGUGCUGUUGCUGGGUUGAUAACAUUGAUUGGCUAUAUGGAAUCAGAUAUGCCCAAUUUAGUUGCUUUGUCCGAAGAAUUUUCUUUGGUACAAAAUCCUGGUCAAGUUGUUCUAGAACAUCUUUUUGAAAUUGAAGAUGUGAGAGUUGGCUCUACUGCACGGAAAUCUAUUCCUCUUUUAGUGGAUCUCUUGAGACCAAUACCAGAUAGGCCUGGAGCCCCUCCAAUUGCUGUUCAACUCUUAACCCGCAUUGCUGAGGGAAGUGAUACCAAUAAAUUAAUCAUGGGUGAAGCUGGAGCUCUUGAUGCUUUAACAAAGUAUCUGUCUUUGAGCCCUCAAGACUCAACAGAGGCUGAUAUAUGUGAAUUACUCAGAAUAUUAUUUGGCAAUCAGGAUCUUAUUCGAUAUGAAGCAUCGCUUAGCUCCUUGAAUCAACUUAUAGCGGUGCUGCGCCUGGGUUCAAAAAAUGCUAGAUUCAGCUCUGCAAGGGCUCUCCAUCAACUUUUUGAUGCUGAAAAUGUUAGAGAUUCUGAAUUAGCAAGGCAGGCUGUACAACCAUUGGUUGACAUGCUUUGUGCUGCAUCAGAGAGUGAGCAAGAGGCUGCUCUUGUUGCCUUGAUCAAAUUAACUUCAGGAAAUACUUCAAAAGCAGCUAUAAUGACUGAUGUGGAAGGAAACCCACUUGAGAGUCUACAUAAAAUCUUAUCUUCUUCUUCAUCUUUGGAAUUGAAAAGAAAUGCUGCACAACUUUGUUUUGCACUCUUUGGAAAUACUAAAUUUAGAGCAAACCCUAUAGCCUCUGAAUGCAUACAGCCCCUUAUUUCUCUUAUGCAGUCUGAUACUAGUACAGCUGUGGAGUCUGGAGUUUGUGCUUUUGAAAGAUUGUUAGAUGAUGAGCAGCAGGUGGAGCUUGCAGCAGCAUAUGACAUCGUUGAUCUCCUCAUUGGCUUGAUUUCUGAGAGAAAUCAUGAGCUUAUUGAGGCCAGCGUAUGUGCACUCAUAAAGUUGGGGAAAGACCGCACACCAUGCAAAUUAGACAUGGUCAAAGCUGGUGUUAUUGAUAAUUGUCUUGAGGUACUCCCUGUUGUGUCCAGUUCAUUAUGCUCCUCAAUUGCAGAAUUGUUCCGCAUUUUAACAAAUAGUAAUGCUAUUGCUAGAAGUUCAGAUGCCGCAAAAAUAGUAGAGCCUCUCUUCAUGGUUUUACUUCGUCCAGAUUUUAGCUUAUGGGGACAGCACAGUGCCUUGCAAGCACUUGUAAAUAUCUUGGAGAAGCCACAAAGCCUUGCAACUCUGAAAUUGACUCCCAGUCAAGUCAUUGAGCCUCUGAUUUCAUUUCUGGAAUCACCUUCUCAAGCUAUCCAGCAGCUUGGAACAGAAUUAUUGACUCAUCUACUUGCACAGGAACAUUUUCAGCAAGAUAUCACAACAAAAAAUGCAGUGGUGCCACUGGUGCAGCUUGCUGGAAUUGGAAUAUUGAAUCUGCAGCAAACAGCAAUUAAAGCCUUGGAAAAGAUCUCUGCAAGUUGGCCGAAGGCUGUUGCUGAUGCUGGAGGUAUUUUUGAGCUUGCAAAGGUCAUCAUUCAAGAUGAUCCUCAGCCUCCUCAUGUGCUUUGGGAAUCAGCUGCUUUGGUUCUCUGCAAUGUUCUGCAUUUCAAUGCUGAGUACUAUUUUAAAGUCCCUUUAAUAGUUCUGGUCAAAAUGCUGCACUCCACACUAGAAAGCACUAUUACUGUGGCUCUUAAUGCCUUAAUUGUCCAUGAAAGGAGUGACGCUUCAAGUGUUGAACAGAUGACUGAAGCUGGAGCUAUAGAUGCGUUGUUGGAUCUACUAAGAUCUCAUCAGUGUGAAGAAGCUUCUGGAAGAUUGCUUGAAGCUUUAUUUAACAAUGUAAGAGUACGGGAGAUGAAGGUUUCUAAGUAUGCCAUUGCACCCUUAGCACAGUAUUUGUUAGACCCACAGACAAGAUCAGAGUCUGGCAGGCUUCUUGCAGCUUUAGCUCUUGGAGACCUCUCCCAGCAUGAAGGACAUGCUAGAGCCAGUGAUUCUGUUUCUGCAUGUCGUGCACUUGUAAGCUUGCUGGAGGAUCAGCCAACAGAAGACAUGAAAAUGGUUGCAAUUUGUGCAUUGCAGAACUUUGUAAUGCGGAGUAGAACUAAUAGGCGAGCUGUUGCUGAAGCAGGUGGCAUAUUAGUAAUUCAGGAACUUCUACUUUCUCUCAAUGCGGAAGUUGCUGCGCAGGCAGCACUGCUGAUCAAAUUCUUAUUUUCUAAUCACACACUUCAAGAAUAUGUAUCAAAUGAGCUCAUCAGGUCAUUGACAGCUGCACUAGAGAGAGAAUUGUGGUCCACUGCAACUAUUAAUGAAGAAGUGUUGAGAACAUUAAAUGUGAUAUUAGCCAACUUCCCUAAGCUCCAUAUAUCUGAAGCAGCUACCUUGUGUAUUCCCCAUCUCAUAGGAGCACUAAAGUCUGGGAGUGAGGGUGCGCAAGAAUCUGUAUUGGAUACCCUGUGCUUGUUAAAACAUUCUUGGUCAACCAUGCCAAUAGAUAUUGCAAAAUCUCAGUCCAUGAUUGCUGCUGAAGCAAUUCCUAUUUUGCAAAUGCUGAUGAAAACCUGUCCUCCAAGUUUCCAUGAGAGGGCAGACAGUCUAUUGCACUGCUUACCAGGAUGUUUGACUGUUACCAUCAAGCGUGGUAACAACCUAAAGCAAGCUAUGGGAGCCACAAAUGCAUUUUGCCGAUUGACAAUAGGCAAUGGUCCUCCCCGGCAAACCAAGGUUGUGAGCCACAGUACUUCUCCAGAGUGGAAAGAAGGCUUUACAUGGGCUUUUGAUGUGCCCCCAAAGGGACAAAAACUCCAUAUAAUUUGCAAAAGCAAAAAUACUUUUGGGAAGACAACUCUGGGAAGAAUGACUAUUCAAAUUGACAAAGUUGUGUCAGAGGGAGUAUACAGUGGUUUAUUCAGCCUUAAUCAUGAUAGCAACAAAGAUGGGUCUUCAAGAACACUUGAGAUCGAGAUUAUCUGGUCGAACAGGAUAUCAAACGAUGAUAGCAUGUAAAGGGUAAAAGAUUAUAUCUCUACAAGCAACCACAAUGAAAUUUACAGAAGACAGAUAAUAAUAUUAUCAGGUACAGGAGGAGUUUCGGUGUGCUUGUGUAAGUAUUAUAUAAAUAUAUAUUUGUUGAAGGUCCAGUUUUGAUAGUAAAUGCUUAAGAUGUAAAGUAUAAAUUGUUUAUUGAUGUGAGGAGAUGAAAAAGAGAAUCAGAGAGGUUUCCCUCCGGUGUCGGGGGAGUAUAAAAGCUGUUUAGAAGUUUCUUGUACAGUUGAGUCUUUAGGGACCAGCCAGAGGAAAAUGGCAUUGCAAAGAUAUGAUGAAAUUGGGCUUUUUGGCACGAAGUGCUGCCUUGUUAAAUGGUGCGAAAUGGCUGUAUUUGUGCUCAUAUUUGUGUUAUCUGGCUGCCUAGACUCUUGAAAUUCCAACAAUCCACUUCUUUGGGCGCCUAUUCAUAGACCCAAAGACGAUAA